AUGGUAUUACACAAACAUUUUAGCAAUUAUCUUGCAUUUAAGGCCACAAUUACGGUAAAACCACGCAACUCACAUUUCGAUCGUUUACGAAAUGAAGUAAUUCACGCACGGAAUUCAUAAUUACAAAUCAUUCCGCUUCGUUUUAUAAUAUUUCGUAUCGAAAUACAUAUCGGAAUUAAAAUUUUUAUGUGAUAAUAGAUGUCCUUUCUAUACGACAUCAAUGUAUAUUCGAAACAACGUAAACAAUCAGAAAAUCAAUGAAAAUGUAGUUGUCACGUGUUUUCUUCUAUCUCCUUUUUCAAAUUUUAAAGUGGUAAAUAUUGCAAGUCCACAGCGUUCAAAUAAUAGAAUUAUUAACAAACAAUGACGAAAAUGUUGGCAAAAUCAACAGAUCGAAAAUGUUCAUUCGUGAAGUGCAUUCGUUGCGUCACUCUCUCCGUUUGUGUCUCGAUUACUCUUCUAAUCUCGGCUUCUCGACUACUUCUCUAAAACUCUGUUUGAAAGCAACCUCUCAAAUUAGCCGCGCGAUAAAAACUUCGAUUCAAUCUGGACAGAAUAAUGGCAAUUUCCCUCCUUCUUCUUCCAGGUACGGCGAGAAACAAAGGAAAGUGGACAGUCAAGAGCUCAGUGGUAUACAAUUGCUCUCAGCAACUGCGUAUCAACUGAAGAAACCCUAUCAGCAGCUCCUUAUACCGAUCACGAUCUGGAUCGGUAUGGAACAGGCGUUCAUCGGUGCAGAUUUUACACAAGCCUACAUUUCCUGCGCGUUGGGCGUGCACCGAGUCGGCUACGUAAUGAUCUGCUUCGGUGUGGUGAACGCUGCUUGCUCUUUGGUCUUUGGAUCUUUAAUGAAAUUCGUCGGCAGACAGCCACUUAUGGUGCUGGGCGCUAUCGUCCAUGUUAGUCUUAUCGUCGUGCUACUCCACUGGAAACCGAACCCCGAUAAUCCUUACGUGUUUUACACGGUCUCCGGGCUAUGGGGUGUUGGCGACGCGGUUUGGCAAACGCAAGUCAACGGUUUAUACGGGACGUUAUUCAGGCGUAACAAAGAAGCCGCGUUCUCCAAUUAUAGACUAUGGGAGAGUGCUGGUUUCGUGAUUGCAUACGCGUACAGCACCCAUCUAUGUGCCCGUAUGAAGCUGUACGUGCUGUUAACAGUGCUUCUUGUCGGGACGACCGGAUACAUCAUAGUAGAACUGUUGCACAGGCGUAAGCAGAAGAGGUUGAAGGCCAUCGCGGAGGAUCCAAAGGCGGCCCAAGCGGAGGCGAACCAAGUGGAGGAGACCGACGAUGAAAAGGACGAUAUAGACGACGAUAUUAUUAUCACACACCUCUGA